GGGGCGGCCUGCUUUAAAUGCUGGCAGUCGUGCUCUGUAAGCAAUGCCAGUGCUAAAGGGCCGCGGUCCCAUAGUGAGGUUAGCACUUGCAGGGUGGAGGAAAGCUUCAUCUUCGUCAAGGCCACCUGGCCAAUCGGGCGUUCCUUCCCUGCUUGCAGCACCUUUGCUUGGAGGAGUCCUUAUUGGAACAUGUGUCAUCGUUGCAGACUUCUUCAUCAGGCGCAGAAGCCCCUACGAGGUCUUCCUCAAGAAGAAAGAUGAGGAGUGGAUGGAGCGUUUGCAGAAGCUCAAGGAGCAUUAUGCAGAGGAGAAACAAGACCCGCCUCCAGGCACAGCUCUCUUUCAUUUCGUUCGGGUGAAUCGAAAUGCCUACCUACUCCCUACUGGCUUACCCAAGUGGAAGGUUCGUGAGCUUGAAGCCAUUGAAGGCUGGCGCUGGGAAACUGAGAGAUAGGCCCCCUCUGUGGGGCAUACAAGUUGCUGGCCGUGCGCCAAGCUUAUACACUGAAUGCAGCAGGAAGUCAAGUCUCUGCAGAGCCUGCUCAAAAAGUGUGAAUCGCAGCGAGUAGCGCGGAAAAAAGCGUGACCCACCUGGGAGACUGGGUCACAAAGUACGUGAGACUUAUGGAGUAGCCGGAGUAGCUACCUCUGCAAACUCUUCAAAACAGUUCUUUUGGAGAGGGAUGCAAUGUCUCUGG